ACGCGUGCAAUCGUCGAUGGGACGGAACCGUUGUCAGAAUGCCUCGGUAACUGGCCGCGUUCGAUCACAUUUGGCCCUAAGUCGUUUAACGAGGCAGCGGCGCGUACGUCGUCGACGGGAAGCUGAUUUGACUCGAGCGGUAUGACGUCAGAGGUGGUAGGCCGUGUUCGCGGAGGAAGAGUAGGAUUGGCUGUCAGGAGUGAUCGGUCCGGCGAAGGAGUAGGAGGCCCCGGGUCGCCAUUUUGGGCUGGUUGCGAGAGCUUUCUGUCGUCGCCUUGAGCCGCGAGCUGUGCCGUCCGCCCAGCUGGAGCCGUUCACGCGCGCGCGAUAUACUCGCCAGAGCUCCCUCAGCCAGAAUUCGAUCGAACUCGCCGACGAAGACAGGUUGCGCAGGCCGGCGUACUCGCGAUCGUUCGAAGAUCGGCAGAGGAAUCGUGCUCGAUCCGACGGGGGACCGACCGGCUUCACCACGCACACGUACCUUCCCGAUUCCGACACGUAUAUACGUGAAACGAUGCGCGUGUGAGAUCGUCGUUUUCGCCUCUUGCUUCGGUGUGCUCUCCUCGUCCGGGUCCGUUCGAAACGCCAGUUUGUCGAGCGGUGGUGGUGGUGGUGUUCGCGUGUGAUCGUCGAGGCUGGAGAACAGUUUUUCUGGCUGUUGGUAAAUAGCACGACACAAGAGAACAAGAGAGAAAGAAGUCGAAAGGUGCGUGAGUUUCGAAGAAGAGGAGAAAAAAAAAGGAAGGAAGAAAAAGUUCGAGUGUGACAGAAGCAGCAGGGACAGUAUGGCGGGACAGACGAUCAACGACAGGCUAUUGGCAGCGAGGCACAGCAUCGCCGGCCAGGGUCUUGCCAAAGCUGUCUGCAAAGCGACCACCGAGGAGAUGAUAGGACCAAAAAAGAAGCAUCUCGAAUACUUGGUGCGGUGCACGAACGAACCGAACGUGUCGAUACCUCAGCUGGCGAAUCUUCUGAUAGAACGAUCGCAGAACACGAACUGGACGGUUGUUUUCAAAGCUCUGAUCACGGUGCACCAUAUGCUUUGUUACGGCAAUGAGAGGUUUACACAGUAUCUGGCGUCGAGUAACAGCACGUUUCAACUCAGUAAUUUUCUCGAUAAAAGCGGUGUUCAAGCAGGAGCACGCAUUGGCUACGACAUGUCACCAUUCAUCAGGAGAUACGCAAAGUAUCUCAACGAGAAGGCACUCUCCUACAGGACCGUGGCGUUCGACUUUUGCAAGGUGAAAAGGGGGAAAGACGAUCGUACACUGCGAACAAUGAACGCGGAGAAACUGCUGAAAACUUUGCCAGUUCUACAGUCGCAAUUGGACGCGCUGUUGGAGUUCGAUUGCACCGCCAACGAUCUGACCAACGGCGUCAUAAACAUGGCUUUCAUGCUCCUCUUUCGAGAUUUGAUUAGACUGUUCGCCUGUUACAACGACGGCAUUAUUAAUUUGCUAGAGAAAUAUUUUGAUAUGAAUAAGAAGCAGUGUCGCGAGGCUCUGGAUCUGUACAAAAAGUUUCUCAUACGAAUGGAUCGGGUGGGUGAAUUCUUGAAAGUUGCCGAGAAUGUUGGCAUUGAUAAAGGAGACAUACCUGAUCUGACAAAGGCCCCUAGUAGCUUACUGGACGCGUUAGAGCAACAUCUUGCAUCCCUGGAAGGAAAGAAAGGAUCAGCAGCAAACACACCGACGCAGUCUGCAAGCAAUAGAACGAAUGUAAAGUCGGGAGUGUCCGCCCUGUCUUCCACCAGUACUGCGUUUGGAACAGCAGCCAGUAAUAACCGCCUCGACCACGCCGGAAAUGGACACAUCGACGAAGCACUGCGGCAGCAAGCCCUCGCGGAAGAGGAGGCUGCUAUGAAUCAGUACAAGGCGAAAGUGCAAUCACCGUCGGGCGGACCAAGUACGAAUCCAUUCCUCAGUUCGCCGACGAACAAUGCCAAUCAGCCGAUAGUUGAUCUGUUCAGCGCGCCAUCAACGACAACGACCGCCGAUAAUCAACCGCAAAAAGCGUCGGAUGACCUGCUCCAAUUAGCGGGCAAUCCUUUCGCGGACAUGUUCGGAGCGCCGCAGCCUGCAGCUGCGCCGGCUACGCAAACGCAGAACAAUAUGUGGAUGACUAACGGUUUCGCCGCAGUGCCCCCAGCAAAUAAUAACUUUGUUACAGAUAACAGUUUCUCCUCCGUGUUCGGUAAUCAAGACUCGAAAUCUGCUGGUGCUCCAGGAACGGCCGGAUCCGUACCGAAUCCCUUUAUGUCCGAUUUCCCUUCCCUCGGUUCCCAGCCGACGCAGUCAAACGCAGCCGCUUUCGGUCUCUUCGAGCAGGGUGCCGCGAACGUUGCUGCCAGUGCCAGCGGUGGUGGCGAUGGCCAGCAACAAGGGCAAACCGGCGGAGACCUGUUCAGUGCUGGCGGCCAGGCAGAUCUCUUUGGGAGCGACUCUGCAGUGCUCAAGACCGCGGAGGGUGUUGUCGCUGGGGACGCCGCCGCGGAGGCGGCAUCCUCUGUGACUCUGGCCUCCGGUAAGUCCACUGCCACGCCGCCUCCCAGACCGCCGCCUCCCGCGACAGCGACGAACGGCGCGCCUAGACCAGCCUCGCCGACAGUGUCCGGAGUAGGAGCGGCGGUUGGAAAACCAUCCACUGGGACAGUGCCUGUCGCGGCCAGCACCACCGCCACCGCCGCUCCCAGUAAGAGCGCGUUCGACGAUUUAAACGAUAGCAUUCGUAUGGCACUGGGCGGGUCUCCGUCGAGACCGGCACCCAUAGCUCAGCAGCAGCAGCUGCCAGCCGCCGCGCAACAAUCACAGCAGCCACUGCAACAGCAACAGGGUUUUGGCAUGUUCGAUAUGGCUACGAAUAUGGCUGCUGCCGGGCAGCCGGUCAUGCCUGGCGGACCGAUGGUCGGCUACGGUAUCCCAACCCAAGUCCCGGCGGGGUACGGUUCCCCGGCUAAGCAACCGAUCUCAGGUGACGGGAAUGCAUAGAUGACUGACUGUCCUCUCCUGUUUCUUUUUUUUUUUUCUUUGCAUGCUUCGCAGGAAUCAGUGAUGCUUCCCGGUGGCCCUCGUGAGCUCUCGUGUACUCUUGUGCGCUUUGUCCAUUAACCCUCUUACACUGGAUCCGCUUCUGAAAUGUAAUGAAAGUCCACCUUGCUGGAUUGUAAUUGGAUUCUAGUUAACUUCUGAUGGAGCGUUAUUUAUUUGUUUAUCUUCUCUUUAAAUUGAAAAGAAAUGCAUGUCUUUUCAAUGAUCAAGGUUGUGAGAGUUAAUUGUUGGUGAUUGACUUGUGAACGAGACUUAUAGAGACAUUUAAGAAUUCUAAGAUGUUAAUAAAGAUGUUACCUCACUGGGUUAUGAUGGAGUAAUACUUCUGAUUGCAACACGUUAUUUAUUCAUUCUUUUUUUUUUUUAAACUUAAAAAGAAAUAUGUCUUUUUAGUGAUUAACUGUAUGAAAGCUAAUUGAUAAUUGAUAAUAAUGGUCAAUUAAUAUUAAUCAUAAUAAUGAUCAUAAUAAUGAUUAAUUCAUGAAAAGGAUUCUGGUUACAUGAUCCACAGUUAGUUGUAAAAGGGUUAAUGUUCAUUAGCUGAUAUUGAUUGGAAUGUCUUUGUCAUAGACGCAGAGAAGAAUCAAGUUUGAAAUUCAAGUAUUUCAAGUAGUUUUGUACAACGAUAUAAACGAUUUGAGAAUAGCGUAGGGGGGAGAAAAGUAAAUUUGCAAUGCUAGUUUCUGAUUUGUCACAGAAGUACAGGCUCAGAGAUAUGCAGCAUCAGUGAUUUGUGUAUCUAUUCUUGGUUUGUGAAGUAGACUAUCACAACAGUUGUACAUAAAGGUUGAUUAUUUGACCUGUUUGGAAUGCUUGCAUAUGUACCUAUUGAUACUAGCAUGAUGUUUUUGGAAAUUAAGUCUUUUAAUUUGCCUU